AUGUCAUUAGGCGUGUUCGGAAAUCUUACUCUUGGAAUAAGGUAGCAUUUAAAUGAUCAACCAGAUUCAAAAGAAGAAGAGAUUUCUUUAUUCUGAUUGGUCGAUUCAAUGCUAUUUUCACAAAUAGAAUUUUCGAAUCAUCCUUAACCUAUAGUAACUUCAUGCCCCAUGCUUCUAUGCACGCGUGAAACGGAACGCACCCUAUGAAUCCCAUCAUCUCUCUUGACAUUAGUCAAUUGAUAUAGGUUAGAAAAUUUGAUCACGUCAACAGAACUGACAUCAAUAGAAAACAUGGAUAGUAACACGGACGAUGAUAGCGUUUCAAGUAAUGAAGAUAUGAAACUGAGAACAACAGAUCCAUUCAAUAAUUAUUCUCAAGAUCAUCCAAAUGAUUCCAGUUACUCUGGGAUGCGCAAUAUAAUAUCUGCUAUUGAUAAUGAUGAUAAUUAUUUAAGUCACAAAAAAAUAUCUAGGUCUAGACAUUCUUCCUCCUCUUCAUCCGACGAUAAUAAUGAUCAACAAUACAGUAAUUUACCAAAAUAUGAGUACGAAAUGAAUGUUAGCAAUUACAGUGAAAACAUGUGCAAACAUAGGAAUAAAAGAAAAAAAUUAAAGAACGAAGAUGCAAUUGAUAGUAUAAAGAAAGAAAAAUCUGCAGAAAUUGAGUUAGCUAAUAAUAUGCUUAUCUAUGACAGCAAAAAUAAUCUAUCUCAUACCUCAAAAGCUCAAAAUAUGAUGAAAAAAAUGGGAUACAAGCCAGGAAAAGGUCUUGGAAAAGAUGAUCAAGGUCGUGUAGACCCAAUAGAAGCAAUUACGCAACGAGGUCGAAGAGGAUUUGGGCACUAUGUACCAGGCCUAAAAGAAGCGAGUCUUAAAUGGAAUCCUGAAGAAGAAGAAAUAAAAGCUGUAGAAGAUAUUGAAUGGUUACCAAAUGUGCAUCCUGAUACAUUAACUGAAAAUAUAAGAGAUUGGUUAAAAUUGGGACCAAAAAAACUCACCAUAGAUGAUGAAACUAUGUUUUGCGAUCCAGAAAUUUUGGAGCAAAUUAUCAUGUCGAAAACUGUAUUUGACAAAUUGGACAAGGUUGAGAUGCGUAAAGCGAGAACUCGAUCAAAUCCUUAUGAAACGAUUCGCACUGCUAAUUUUCUGAAUCGUGCGGCUGUCAAAAUGGCAAAUAUAAACAAAGCAUGUAAUUUUAUGUUUACCGACCCAAAGGAUUUACAUCCGGAUGAUUUACUGUAUUUUGCCGAUGUAUGUGCCGGUCCGGGUGGUUUCAGCGAGUAUAUUUUAUCUAGAAAAAAAUGGCAUGCCAAAGGAUUUGGAUUCACUUUAAAAAACGAAAAUGACUUUACAUUGGAUGAAUUCUUUGCUGGUCCAUGUGAAACUUUUCAUCCUUUUUAUGGUUCUAAAGAAAAUGGAGAUGUAUUUGAUCCACAAAAUCAAGAAGAAUUUAGAUCUUUGAUAAUGAAACACACAUAUGGCAAAGGUGUACAUUUUAUGAUGUCAGAUGGAGGAUUUUCCGUGGAAGGUCAAGAAAACAUACAAGAAAUUCUAUCUAAACAGUUAUAUCUGUGUCAGUGUCUGGUGGCAUUAAUGAUAGUGAGACCAGGUGGCCAUUUUGUAACAAAAUUGUUUGAUUUGUUCACACCUUUCAGCAUUGGACUUGUUUAUCUAAUGUACAGAUGUUUUGAAAAUAUUUGCAUCUUCAAGCCCAAUAGUUCUAGGCCAGCUAAUUCAGAACGUUAUUUAAUAUGUAAAAGAAAAAAGUUUGAUACACAAGCAGUAGUAGAUCAUCUUUCUUAUGUUAAUCAUUUACUUUUAACAAAAGAUGAUAAAAAUGAUGUAAUUCAACUGGUGCCGCUCGACGUGUUGGAAGCAGAUAAGGCAUUUGUAACAUACUUGAGAAGCUCCAAUAACGCUCUAGGAAAGAAACAGAUAAUAGGCCUCUUAAAGAUCGCGGCAUUUUGCGAAGAUCCAAUGCUGACAGAGCCAAAACAAGCGGAUAUGCGAAAGGAAUGCCUGAAUUAUUGGGAUAUAUCUGAUAAAACUCGCGUGAGACCGCAAUUCGUUAGACCACAAGAUAAGAUAUGGGCGAUUCUAAACGGUUCUGAAUGUUUCUUUGGAUCCGAAGCACAGAAAUUGACGAUUGAGAACAUAAAAACAUUAUUAAAUCAACCAUACAAUUGGUUCUGCAUGCCUUGUGGUUUUACUUCUUGUGAUAAACCAGCUACGUUUUAUUUAGGCUUGGGAAGGAGAAAGGUAUUUCGCUACAUAAAAGGAGGCAAAUGGGAAUCAAUGGGAGAUGUAAAAAUAGAACUGCCACCUGAUACUCUGGUAUACGCCGAACUAAUCUAUGAAUCAAAAUUGACGGGAAAGUUCUUCCUCAAGACACAAACAUUACAUAUCUUGGAUGCUUACAUGCUUGGUGGAGAAGAUGUUAGCAAACGAUACUUACAUGAUAGGUAUAAAUUAACUAUGAAAUUUUGCGACGCAUUGUGGAAACCAGUUCCAAAUGAUUACGUAUGUGUGCGCGCCAAAGAGAGGUUCAUGCUAACUUCAAAUAUAGGAAGGAAAUUGCGUGUCACGCAUCCAUCUCAGGCAAAAGUAAAUAAUGCGUUCGAGUCGCAAAAAAAUUUCUUAGAACGUGACAACGAAAACGACACGGAACCUAUAUAUUCCACAUUCAACAGUGUACUUUUCUUAAAAAGUAUCGCCCACCCUUGGUCACGUCAUAUUAGCAGAAAAACAGGUGAACUUUAUGUUUAUAAUCCACGUACUAAAGUAACGGAAUAUGAAAUCCGAAACGGUCAAUAUAAUAGACCACCUGAAGCUGAGGCAGAUUUUAAAGAGACGUUUGAGAAUCGUAUUAUCUGGCAUUGGCCUUGUGAUCGUGAAUUAAAUAUGGACACUUUAGUUGCAAUGAUGAAUCCAUCACAAAAUGUUUGAAUCAUGUUAUAUUGUAAUAUACCAUAAAUUUAUAUGUUGUCAAGUUUUUUUUUAAGUAUUUGGAUUUUUCUUAAAAUAUUCUAUUUUUGAUUAUAGACAAUUUAACUACAGUUCCAUUAAUCGAUGAUUUUUAAUAUUUCAAAAAAUCAUCAAAAUGAAAAAAAUUGUUAGAAAAUACUAGUAACUUAUAGCAAAUUAUAAUCUAUAGGGAAACAUAAGAAACUUAAAAGACUGCAUCUUCUACCCAUAUGUAAUGAUAUACUUUAGUUUACAAGAAAUUUGUUGCAAAAUAUUUAGA